UGAAUGGUUAAUUGUGCAGGUUAAGCGCAUGGAGGAUCGGGUGAAUUGGUUGGGAUUUUGGAUCAACAACCAGCAGCCUCAAUUUCCUGGUCAGUGGAUUCAGACGUUUUUAAGUCAUCCCGAUUUUGGGCCCGCUCGGUUCUGUGAAAGAUGCGUCCCUUUUAUGUUGCCAAGCGAGCGGGCGUUGGAGCCGCAGCAACAGCCUCGAGAAGAAUAUUGGGAGAAUUGCAUACUCUCAUCUCUGCUUGCAAGAAAGCGACAUACCCUUCUAAAGGACAAUACAUCAAGGCUGACUGUGCAGCUAAAUUGAAUAGCAGUCGUACCAUGGGAUGUAUAAAAUCCAAAAGCCCCUUCCCGCACACUAUUCUAGACGAUGGAAGCAGGGAAGUCGGCAAAUUCGAUAGUGGAUGUAACCUUGAAAAAUCUUCCCUUAUUCAGGCAAACUCUGAGAUGCCAUCUCCAACAAACACUGCAGUGCUGGACUUUGCUCACCGUCUUUCCCUUGAGAUUCUGGAUCAAGCUGUGAAGCAAUGGGCAAUAAAUGAAAGCAAAUACAGUGACAUCCCGUUCAUAGAAAGCGAUGAGCCAUGAACUGCAGGGCUUGGCUUCCUAACAUGCCUGCGAGGCGUCUCGUGUUUUGGUGCUAGCACAAAUAAAGCAACAUUCAUAUGAGAACAGUUGUGAUUUUAAAAGUCAUCAUACAUGCAGCUAAUCCUGACUGAGGUAACUUUUUGCCUUUAGGUGCAGUAGAACCACAAUAACAUCCAAUGGUUCUAGGGCUAGUAUGUAAUUCAGUAUUCCAGUAAGUCCCAUUUCAGUAUCUACAGUAUAGGAAUAUAACAAUGCAACAGAGCAAAGUAUGUACCCUUAAAAGCAAAAUCAGCCCUCCCUCAACCAAAUAGCCAUGAAGGUUUGGGUUAGGGUGUCAGAAUAGGGUUUUAGCUAUAUAAUUCCUAUUGAGCUAAAUAGCAGGUGUCACGCGCACGCCAAGCCCACCUCAGCUCCGUGAAGGGAAAAAAAGACAUCAUGAAACGUCACGUGGUGGCAAUGUGACGCCGCGUGUUUGACACCCGUGCGCUAAAGUAUCUUGGAAAAAAGAAAGUAAAGGGAAAUAUUGGUGCUUAACUUCCCUGUUUACAUAAAGGGGAUUUAGUUACUUAACAUGAGUCUGAACCCUAUCAGGGUGAUAUGUGAAUAUCAAAGGUUGCUUUCCAAAGGCAUCUCACAUCUUGUGGAAGUGAGACUAGUUAUUUUACAAUUUUACUUGGUUGAGUGUGCUAAACUCAGACCAAAGACCUGCACGGAUAGGUUUUAUAAACGAAUAUAGAAAAAAAAUUACAUUUAAUAGUUGGAAGAAAAAAAAACAGAAAUUACGAUGAUUUUGCAAGUUAUCAGUGUACUAAAAACACUGGGAGGGAUUAUUUCUCUUGAUUAUCAAUUAUCAAGGGAACAAUAGGAAGAGUAGACAAAGGGAAAGCAAAAGUGCAAUAUAUAAUAAGUGUGGCAGCUUGUAUAUAUGGAUAAAGGUGACUUGAAAAUGUGGGAAUAUAUUAAUUUAGUAUUAAAUUAAGAGAAAGCACAGCCUUUGUUCUCUUGGUUAGUCAGGCAACAUAAUUAACAGUUCAAAGGGAAAUUAUAAUACAGUAAUAGUGAAGAAUUGCUGUUCCUAAACUAAACUCUGUGUUAUUUUCUCUAAAUAAAUACACCACUCCUAGAAUAGCAGAGUAUAUUUUCAGUACAGAAUUGAAAGAAGCAAGGCACUUUUAUAUAAAGGAGAAAGCUUGUCAUUUUGUUUGGGUAUAAUUCAUUAUAGCAAAAAUGUCACCCCUAAUGGUUUGAAAUUACGCAUUUCAGAUACUUUAUAGUGUAGUUUCCCUUUGGAGCAGAAUGUUUUGUAGCAAUUCUUUUGUCAACAAUAUUCAAUAAGCAAUUGGUAAUUAUUCUGGCAAUAAUAAAAAGUAAUUUGACUUCUCUAGAGCCAGAACUCCUUCAGUUCUAAUACUUGUACACACAUAUAUAUUCUACAUAAUAUUAUCCCAUUUGUGGGUAAGGGCCAAACACAAUUUUACGGUGAAUGUCAGACUGACUUCGUAUUAGAUUUUAUAAAAACUAUACUAUAGCAAGAGUUAUAUAAAUGUAUCAUCACAAACGGUCUAAUUAUGAUUAUGCCAUAAAGUCAUUGUUGCUCUUAGCAAUCACAUAAAUAGAUUUUAUCCAUGAUGACCUGUCUCUUUUGGAAUUAACAGGAUACUUUUAAAAAAUAUAUUAACUAGGCAAAUAAUAAGGAUACCAACUGAGCAAUUUUACAUUUUGCAGACUGGCUCUCAUUUCCCUCUUUCUGCUCUUGAAGAGAUAACAGCAGGAGUUUCCACAGGAUCUUCUCAGAAAUAGAUACGGAGAUCCAAAUCUCAAGUUUGAAUGUGGAUCUCUUUACAUAGGUUAAGUAGGCUAAAUCUAUUCUGACCCUUAUUUGUUAAACCACAGUAGCCAGUUUUUAAAUUAUUUGCAAUUUGACUAUCAUUUAAGUAACAGUUUAAGGAAGGAAACUACUAUUGUUUUUAGAAUAUGGAUUUUCCUUUUAAUUAAUUAAUUGCUUGGAGUUAUAUUUGAAUAAAGGAAAAACCUUCUAACUUUGUAUUUUUAUCUAGAACUCUAUAUAGAGAGUCCUAAAAAGUUUGGGCUCUUAAAUAUUCAUAUAACGAUUACUCAUCUAUGAAGUAAA